AUGUCGUCCACCACCCUCUUCCGCAUUGCCUCGCGCACAGCCCCAGUCGGCUUUUUCAGAGCUUCCUACUCUGCCCGAUCAAGAGUUGCCGCGCCCGUCUUCGCUGCUGCCGCCGCUCCCGCCAUUGUCGCCUUUGGAGGAGUGAGCAGCUUCAGCUCGUCGUCCAAAUGCGCCAGCGGAGCUAUGGGCCAUGAGGAGGAGACUUUUGAGGAGUUCUCUGCCAGAUAUGAGAAGGAAUUCGAUGGUGUACAGGAUGUCUUCGAACUGCAGCGAAACCUUAACAAUGCCUUCGCCUACGAUCUCGUCCCCUCCGUCAGCGUCAUGACCGCCGCCCUUAAGGCUGCCCGCAGAGUCAACGACUUCCCCACCGCCGUUAGAAUCUUCGAAGGCAUCAGAGCCAAGGUCGAAAACAAGGCCCAAUACGAAAUGUACCUCGAAGAACUGAAGAGUCUACGAGAGGAACUCGGAGUCACGCUCCAGGAGGAAUUGUAUCCCCAGGAGCAGAAAUAA